CACCUUGAAAGAAACCCAGAAGCUCAAUCCACCAACACCAUGGUCAGCUCCUGUUGUGGCUCCACCUGCUCUGGCCAGAGCUGUGGCUCUGGCUGCUGUGCCCCCUGCUGCUGCCGGAUUGGCUGCUGCUUCCGGCCUCCCUGCUACCAGAGCACCUGCUGCAGGACCAACUCUUACAGGCCCACCUGCAUUGUGUCCACCUGCUGUCACCCCAGCUGCUGUGGGUCCAGCUGCUGCCAGCCCUGUUGCCACCCCACUUGCUGCCAGAUCACCUGCUGCAGAACCACCUGCUGCCGCCCCAGCUGCUGCCAGCCCUGCUGCCGCCCCAGCUGUUGUAUUUCUAGCUGCUGCCAGCCCUGCUGCCUCCCCAGCUACUGUGGGUCCAGCUGCUGCCAGCCCUGCUGCCGCCCCACGUGCUGCCAGACCACCUGCUGCAGAACUACUUGCUGCCGUCCAGCCUGCUGUGGCUCCUCCUGCUGCUGAGUGUUGAAAUCUGUCCACAUCUGCUCACCAUUACCACUUUCUCCAAGAGAAGCAAGAAUUCCUUUCCUUGUAUUUAUCAGUAUCAACAAACCUCAUUGAUGAGCUGAGUCCUGUCACCCCAAUUUGGAAACCUCAAACCCAGUUGCUUUUCCAGCUUCUGGCCUCCAUCACAACUAUCUCCUCUUUUGGUCUCUUUUCUCCUCAUAGGAACCAAUAUGGAAUUUAUUCCAAAUUCGUCUGCCUAGAAACUCACAAAAUACAUGAAAUUUCAUGAUUUUACUCUUGGAAUUCAUCAAAAACUAUAACCCUCUUAAUGAAAAGCAGGUUUCCUGUUCUGUUUACUAAAAAACAAUUAUCUCACCCUAAGGCCUGGGAUGUAGGAUUCCAAUGAUGUAAUUUUCUUUCCUUGAUUUCCUCUUACAGUGACUCCCUUGUCUUAUUGUCCUUCUCUUUCCUAAUAAAAAACUAAC